AUGGCUGAAGCUCUAGGUCUCGCCUCUGGCAUCGCCGGACUGCUUUCUCUGGCUAUUGAAGUCACCAAAUUGAGCUACCGAUACAUCCACGACGUUCGGUCAGCCAAGAGCACGCAGAAGCAGUAUCUCAGAGAAAUCGCUGCUUUAACUGAAGUUCUCCUGCGCAUCGAGGAGGCAGCUCAGGCCAUCGAGGCCCAGGGCACACCAGCCACAUUAUUGCUGACCAACGACGCAAUUCAGGGAUGCGAGAGUGAGCUACAGCAGCUGCGCGCCCAGUUGGAGAAGCCUCUCCCAGGCUUACUUUGGCCCUUUAAGGAUAAGGCGAUUACAAGUCACAUUGAAGAGCUCCACCGGUUCCGCAGCAUAUUCUCCAGCUCUCUCUCCGCGCAAACGCUGAUCACGGUAUCCGCAACACAGCGGGAGGUGGCACGUCUUGGGCAACACCAAGAUCUUCAUGAACUGCUUGACUGGAUUGGGAAACCGAAUGACUCGUCCGCGAUUGAUCGAACUCCCCUGGAAGGAACGGGAAAGUGGUUUCUUGAGUCUGAAGAAUACUCGUAUUGGAGUAGGGGUGGCUGUUGUCAACAGUCUAGUCAGUUCUGGUGCCACGGCCCGCCUGGCGUGGGAAAAUCCAUGGUGGCCAAGGUGGCAUUACAGGAUCUGCGAACACGGCUGAAGGAUGACAAGUCAGUUUGCGUCGUUGAUUACUUUUGCGAGUUUUCGAACAGAAAGCGGCAGAAGAAGGAUUCGAUUUGGCGAGAUGUUCUGUUCCAGAUUGCAGUCCAAAACCGGCCUGUCGUUACCGAAACCCUCCUCAGCUGCCGGUCAAAGUCAAGCAGCACAAGACACGCCAAGAAUGACGAAUUAGCAGAGGCACUGUACGAAGUGUGUAGAUCAGUGAACGUUGUUAUUGUCAUGGAUGGGCCCGAUGAGUUGGAAAACCCGAAAGAUCUUGGACCCAUAUUGGAUCCCUUUCUGAAGUCCUACAGUAGAAUUUUCAUUUCGGGUAGGGAAUUACCAGAGAUAAGAGACGCCCUUCACCCAAUAAGGACAUUGCAGAUUGAACAAACAGACGAGAAUGAUUUGAGGGCGUAUGUGUCGUGUCAGUUUGAAGCAAACGAUAUGGAUGACUUGUUGGAGGAUCAUCCAGACUUGGAAACGGAGAUUAUCGAGAAGUCAAAUGGAGUUUUCCUUCUGGGCCAGGUAUUAGUCAACGAGCUCGUGCAAUUGAACACCGUCAAGGAGAUGAGAAGAGCUCUGAAGUCAUCACCAGCACACCUUGAUCAAGCAUUCGAAGCUACUUUGAAACGAAUUGACUCUCAAUCCAAGUCGCGCAUUUCCCUGGCUCACAGGGUGCUUGGCUGGAUUUCAUGUGCCGAUAGAAAUCUCACGGUAUCAGAACUGCUUCAUGGUCUUGUGACAGAGGACGGCGAGGAGGAAAUCGACAUAGAAAAUCUUGUUUCGAUAAAGACAAUUCUGAAAGUGUGCGGCGGGCUUGUCAUAGCGAGUGCUAAAAACGACAAGGUCGCCAUGGUGCAUAGCACUGUCCACGAAUGGUUCCAAAACCGGGAAGGGGUCAAAUGGCAUGAAGAUAUCGCCAGGUCAUCUCUUCGAUACCUCACUUUAAAAGUCUUAUCUGCUGGUCCUGCAACCAGUGCUGACGAGUUGGAGGUUCGUAUGAACCAUCUGCCAUUUCUUCGAUACGCGGCGCAGAAUUGGCGCAACCACAUCUUGAACGACGAAGUACUGAACGGUCUGACCAGUGCCGUCGACGUCUUCUUAGGAGAUUACAAUCUGUGUUCUGCUGCAUUCCAAGUCAGCAACUUUCAAGGCCAACUUAAGGACUUGGCGGUCCGUUCGGCGACUUUUGACACAAUUCCCACUGGCCACAAUGCAUUGCACUUCGCUGCGUAUUGGAAUCUAGGAGACAAGACGAGUCAACUACUAGAUGCAGGGCAUGAUUUGAAUGCAAGAGACUCCCAGAACUGGACUCCGCUUCAUUGGGCAUGUUUUUCGCGCAGUCAACAGACUGUCCAGGUUCUGUUUCUUCGGGGUGCUGAUACUGGGGCCAAGGACUCAGUGGGCUGGACGCCUUUAUUUUGGGCUGCAUUACAAGGCGAUACGAACUCAGUUGAACUUCUGCUGCAACACCAGUCAGAUCACAUGGUCCGAGAUGUCCAUGGCUGGACGGUGCUACGAUGGGCAGCUGCAAGACGGCAGACGAAGGUGAUUGAGAUGUUGGUCAAUCAUUACCGGCAAACACACUGCCGGCCAGAUGGCUCUACGCCCAAUGGCUCAGAGUCCAAGACCACUACCAAUGAUGAAAGUGAUGAUGAUACAGAUGAUAUUCGAAGAGACCUGAUCAAGGGCCUACGUGACGGCACGACACACCUACAGGACCAACCAGGAGCAGAUUUUGUUGACCUCUACCACGUGUUUUUCGAUGAAAAACUGGACAUGGAGGAAUUCUGGAGCAGCGACUACUUUGAUCCUCCGGUGGGAAAUGCCUGGCGCACAAUGUCCAAGAUGGAGAGGUUGUUCCAGCCUUCCCAGGAUAUCAGAGAGGCUGCCUUUCGAUUCCAGAGGCGUGAUUAUCUGGGUGACGAAAGAAGAGGUUGGUCAUCGGGUUUGAUCCACGCCGCAGUCCGCGGCUAG